UUGUAGGUAUCACCAUGUCUACAGGCACGGUAUUCGUCCGCUUUGGAGGAAUCCAACUCGGUUCAAGAGUCUCAAGACCCCAUACGGCUUUGCCCUAAAAAUAAUUAAUGGUGACUGGGUUCCUGAGCGCAUGAUGAAUACAUUCUACCUUGGACAACCCAUACACUUUCAAGCUACUACAAAUCUUACUAUUCCUGGGACAAAGCUUUUCAUCCACAGCUGUUAUGCAACCGCAUCUCCAGCUUCAAAUUCAACGCCCAGAUACACAGUGAUUGAGAAUUAUGGGUGCAUGGUGGACAGCAAGUAUGAAACCUGUAGCUCCCAUUUUGUGCCUCCCAGAACCAACAAUACAAUCAAUUUAAUUGUUGAUGCUUUCCAGUUCAACACGCUGUCCCCUCUGGUAAACAAGUACUACAUGCACUGCACAAUGGUGGUAACGAGCAACAGCAUGGUAACGCAGAGUACCAAAUCUUGCCACUAUGAUAAGAACGUGAACAGGUGGGUGGAACUUGAAGGUAACCACAGUGUCUGUUCCUGCUGUGACUCUGUGUGCAUAAAUGAAGAUGUGACUUUGCCCAUCGGUAUGUAUACGACCCCCAGAAAGCAAGGGGAAGGGUGUAAAAAUUGCAGAUCCAGUAACUUCUGCUUGAGUGACUCUUGUAGCAGUGGUAAGACCUUGGCUUGUACGCUAAAAUGUAUUUAUUUUUAAAUGUAUCCCCUCAGUUACUA